AUGGCUGAUACUGGUCGGGAAGAAAAGCUGGCUGCGGCCAGAAAAAAGGUACAGCAGCGACGUAAACGCUUUUUAUGUAAAUAAUAUUCACUUAGGUUCACUAUUACGAGAGCUGAUUUUCCUGUCGUGCAUUUCAGCUGAAGAAAUUUCAACAAAAACGUACACCUUCUUCGAGCCCGGCCGUGAGAGAAGUCAAGCAUCGAGUUGUUGAUUCUUCGAUUUACUCGAGGAAUUCAUCGGAAUCCGAUGGAAACCCGCCAACGGCAGAGAGAUUUGUAAGUAGUAAAUACAUUUAUAGAAUAAUUGUCUAAAGAUCAUAAGCACUUUGUCCCUUAAUUACAGUUAGUGUGGGAGAGCGUUUUGAACUAUUAUGUAUCAUUAGCACUGCGUGAAUUUCAAAGUUCUUAGUAAUCCUUUGCUUAUAUUUGCCUUAAAACUCUUUGAUUAGCUCCUCCUGGUAUGUUCAAUACACCUUAGACUGCCCAUAAUGUUUAUUUAUCGCUGAUAAUGUUGAACGUUGCCUUCGUCCACUUGUAGCUGAGUGAUCGCUUCCAAGCUACAGAGGUCUGCUUCAAUGUUUAUAUUAAUACUCAGCUGAUUGCACCAAGAACAUAUUUGGCCAUUUUUGGUUGGUUGAUGAAAAGGGGUCAGAUUUUAGCCUGCAAAUUGAAUAUGAUUGUCGCCAACUUAACCGCUAGCUGUCGUUACCCAUCAAUAACAAAAUCGUUUGUGUUUCCACAAAUCUCGUGGAUAUUCCUUGGAUUUUUGACUAUUUUUUAGUAGGAAUUCGAAUUCAGUCUGCGUUUUAUUGAUGAAAAAUUGUAUUGCCACAGUGAUCAUGCAUCAGAAAAACUAUUUUGUUUAUUUCCGGUAGACUAUAUAAAAAGAUUUGGAUUUUGAUGGCAUCUAUUGAAUUCAUCAAAGAGAUAACCAGUUAGUGUAGAAAGUGUACAUGUAGCAAUUGAAGUAUUUAGAUGAUUAUUCUGCACAUAGUUAGCAUCACACUGCAGAAUACUUUGCUUUUUGAAGACACUGGUUAUGAAGUGCUCUAUGAAAAAAUAAAAGCAUUUUUUACUCUGACAAACAAUUACCGGUAUGCCUUCUAAAAGCUGGGUACAUGCUUUGUGGUUAUAAGAAAAAAUUAAAGACUAGAACCUAAUUAUCGUAGAAGCUGGCUGCAAGGUACAGUAGUAGACAGUAAAAAAAGUACAUGCUUGAUACAAUGUAUGUGUUGUGGCUCAGUUUUAUCCCUGGUUUAAAUUCAAAUUUUCUUUGUCGUAGGGUAUCAUAGUUUUAAACCAAAAAGAAUUAAACAAGGGAUAAAAUUCAACCACAAUAAUUUUUUAUAUGCAUCGAUACAACUGCACUGCUCUAGAAUAUGUCUUAAUAGGUACUUGUUACUCAGUAUGCACUAUGCAGUACAUCCCCAAUUCUUUUAUUGGCUGAUUAUAUUAUUGGUAGCAUGGCCUUCUAACCUUAAUUCCAAUGUACAUGUAUUCCUUGCAAGAUACAGUUCUACAAAGUGCUUAUUUUCUGGUUCCACUGCAUCUCUGAAACAUUACUGUUUUUCUGGGUUAAUUACAUGUAUGUUGAGUGCGAAUCAUACUAAUAUAUGUAGGCGUAGUCCUAAAUUGUACUUUGUUGGCAGCCGCUAACCUUGACAUUGGCCGAGGUGAUUAUUGAGCUACUGCAGUAUGAUGAUGAGUUCUGUGCAGUUUAAUAUGAAAGUAGAUUUUUGUGUGUGUAAAAAAAUUGUAAAUUGUAAUAUUAUUUAUUUCCCACGAAGUACUUAGGAGUUCUUAGGAACUCCUUUAAACAUGUCCAUGCUUUCCAGAUUGAACUGGAGUUUGGAAGUAUUGUAUUUUGAGGAGAGAGGAGAACCGGAGUACCCAAAGAAAAACCUCUCGGAGCAAGGGAGAGAACCAACAACAAACUUAACCCACUGAUGGCGUUUAUGGCGGGAUUUAAACCCAGGCCACAUUGGUGGUAGGCGAGUGCCCUCCCCACAGUGUCACCCUUGCUUGUUUGUAGUUGACAGAUUGAAAAUCUGCUGCCUGUAGUCUCUACAACUGUUUGCAUUAUUAAGUAACCAUUAUUUUUGUUUCUUUUUUCUCAAGUCAAAUGUUGAAGAAAAUGACCCAUGUUCAUCAUCACCCAUUAAUGGGUAAGUGUCCAAAACAAUUAGACUGGGUGCAGUUUCUUAUUUUCCCUUUCAAAGUUGCUCCACUCAUGCACAUGAGUGCAAAACCUCAAGCUUCUGGCAAUAAAAUGAAGGCGUAAGCCAAAGAUGAAAAUAAUAUAAGAGAAUGCUGUCUGUUUGAGGCCAACUAUUCCAGAGUAACUUAAUAUGUGGUUAUAUAUAUAGAACAUAAACAACUGAAAAGGUACUCUUUCUUUAAAUCCUGUAAGAUUACCAUGACUUCCUAAAGGAAAUUUACAAUGUACACUGUAAUUAGUUGCAAUGCAGGGUGCAAAGAAAGUCAGUUUUACAGCUUGCCACUUGGGCAAGCUGCGUAGCCCAAAAGUCAUUUCAACUAGCACAAAUAAAAAAAGAAAUAAGAAGAGGAAGAUUGAUUGCCCCAAAAUACUUCACUUUUCCAUCGGGCAAGUUACACAGUGUAAGAACAGAAUUCACUACCCCAACAGCAAAAUCCACUAGCCCUGGGAUAUCAGACACUACUUUCUUUGCAUGCUGCAAUGGACUUGUCCUUGUGACUAUUUUUGUCACUUGCUAUCUCACACCAGACUUAACCACUGGCAAAGACCUGUCAUUGAACUGUCACCAGCUAUAAAAUAGUCACCUACUCCGUUUGUGGGCUCAUGAAGGUUUUUUUUAACUACAAAAGAUUCCACUGUACAUAGUCCAUCUUUGCUUAUUUCCUUCUAAUCCCUUUUUACAACAUUGUUGUCUGCAACCACAGGUAUGAGAACUAGAUGGAUUUCAAGAGAAAAGACUGAUUGCAAGCAGUAAUAUGUUCAUGAUGGUCGUUAAAUUUUUAUUCCUCUGAGAUCAAAAGGCACUAAUGUUUAAUAUCAACAAGUGACUUACUGUGUCUGGAUAUGGUGCUUGCACAUACAUGUACAUAAUACUUUCAAUUUUCUUGGAAACUACGGUCUUGGACAAAAUAAAACGGAACAGCAAACCCCCUUCCCACCUCCCCCAAAUCAAGGAUGAAGCCACGCAAAAGCCAUAACACCCCAUUUUCCCAUCCUUGAUUUUGGGGGGAAGGGAGGUCUAAAUUUCCCAUUUAUUUUGUCCAAGAUUGUAGCCUCUGCACUGUAUAAUAUUGUUUGAUAUCUUAUUUUGGCCAGAAAAAAAUCACAGACACUUUUCUUUUGUUUUUGCAGCACCUACAAUCCAGGGGAGCACAGUACUCAAACACAUCAGGUCAGUUUGUACUAAAUGUGGCUCUUUGAUAUACAUGUUUGCAGGGUUUUUGAUGAAAGCUGAAAAUUGGCAGUCAACCAUCGCCUAUAAUAAUUUUCAAUUAAUUAUUAUGCAAAAUUGCAACAUCGCAGAAUACCAGGAGCCCUGUAUAGGGCUAUAUACCAUUAUCUGUUAAGAAUUUUAGAGAAAAUGGUUGUUAUAACAUCCCUCCCAAUCCAUGAAAUAAAUCAAAUCAAUUUUCCUUGGAGCACAUAUAGAGAACCAAACCAUAAGUGUACAUAAUUGCCAAUGAGCAGCCUCAUGAAGACACAAGGCUACAAGGCGGCCGCCUAAUAGAGCCAUGCGUGAUUGUUUCAGGGCCAGAAAAAAUCUCAAAUCGAUGUAACAUAUGAGUAAUGUAAGGUAACCAUGACGUAAUGCAGGACCGAGAAUGAAGUGAUUUCAAGCAAACACGUGAUACAGAUCAGAAAAUCCAUGAGCCGUGUGCAUGUUUUGAGUCCCUUGCUUAUCCUGUCUUCAACCAAUCGUCAGGUGGAUCAUUUCCAUCCUACGUAGGCAUUUGCCUGCUGGAAUUCUUUUCCCUGUUCAUUAACCCAAUGGCUUUACCACGCUGGUGGGCCCCAAUAAGGGUGAAACAGCUGUCUGUGGCUGCCACUGCCCGCAUGAUAUGGCUGUGCGCAUGCGUGAGAUACUGGCCCGGCCAUGGGUUGGCGUAUGUGUCCCCCUUGCUUUAAGUUUGCAUUGUUUGCACUAUUUUCAAUGCAAUCGAAUUAAGUUCAAUCUAUUUUUCAUCAAUUACUGUGUUUCAUGACAUUUCUAAACAAAUUCAACAGCACGUGUGUAUAGAUAAAAUCUGUGCUCGUUGGAACUUAGCGAUAGCUACACAUUUAUAACUAUUUAUGUACAUGUAUGGUAAAGCAAUCAAUAUAAAACUAAUCUAGCAGUAACAAGUAAUCUUGAUUUAAGUACUAGUAUUAUCAUUGAAUAUUAUUAUGCUAAAAUCUCAGUCACAGCCACCUAUAUGCCACCAUUAGAUUCCCUUACACAGUGUAGAAUAAGUUUUUAUUGAAACUCCACUCCUGUUCUAAAAUAAUAUUAUGAUGUGCAAAAUAUUAUCAUCUCAAUGCGUUCUCUUUGCAGACACUUGAACACAAUCACAGAGAUGGGUUGGUUUCUUCUGUAGCAAAUGACAGGUAACUUGUUGCAUGUACACAUAACUUUCAGCUGUAUUAUUAUCAUAAUUUAUUUUAAAAAGAUACCCCAGAGUUUUAAAUGUAAUGUUUGUUGCAAACUGUGUUAAUGAAGUAUUAUAAUUUUUUUCUUUAGAGAAUACUCAACCACUGAAAAAAUCAAGCAACUUGUGAGUAUUAUUGCAUAUAUUAUGCACUUUUCAUUAGAAGAGUGAGAUCCAGUUAAUGUUAUACAGUUGUACAUGUAUUGACAUUUGUAACAUUUUAAAUGUGUCCAUUAACGUCCAAAAAGUACAUAUCUGUAUUACAUAAUGUAUUUGGGCUCUCAAAUAAAUGCAAAUACAAUUGUAGCCUCUAACUUCUAAGCAGUAGAACUUUGUUUACUCUCUUAACUGUAGCGUAGCCACAAAUUGAAGAAGACUGUUGUACAUGUAAAUUGUUUAAAAUAGUUGCAAAAGUACACUAAAAUGUUCACUCGGUGUUUCUAACUUGGCAGUACAAUAAUAUUAUUCAGAAUGACUCAUGACUAUUGGUCUCUUCUCAAGGCCUUGCUCUAAGAAAAAUUAAAGGAAACCCAGUUCUCUAGUGAACUUGCAAAAUCCAGGGUACCUGGCAUGUGAUUUCUACAUUGUGUAGGUGAAAACUAUGAUUUUCUAGUUGCCUGGGAGCAAAUGUUGUAUAGGUGUAAGGGACAGAAUUCACUAACCUUUUCUCAAAAUCCUCCAGCCCAUGGGAAAUGACUAUUUUUGCACACUCCUAUGCUACAUGAUUUCCUCCAACUUGAGCAAAUUUGGGGUGACCAUUGUCGGAUUACUGUGUGCCUUUGUUGCCUUAUGACCAUGUAUCGUUUCCUGUUUUGCUAGACCUUAUUGCCCCAUUUGAUAAGGUAGAUCACAAGAUCCUAAUACAUACAAAUGUUCAUUUAGACUGCAAACGGAGUUUGCCCUUGGAGGUAGAGUUCUUGUGGUUCGUUUUGUAUGUAACCCAUCGAUCACUGCAAGUUUCGGUCGAGGGUGUGAUGUCUGAUGUCUUUGAUCUGUAUUUGGGAGCUCCUCAAGGGUCCUGUCUUGGCCCUGGAGCCAAAAUAAUAAUUUGGCCCCUUGGCCUCAAGUUUAUUAGCUCUGGCUAUUUAGUGUCAACUUAAUUUUUUAUCUUACCUUAUCUAUCUUAUCCUCUACUGUUUUCGAUCUACGCCAGCAAGAUAUUUGAUGUUAUUCGAUCACAGCUUCCCUCUGUGGAUGCAUACGCUAAUGACACUGAGCUGUAUACAGUCUAACCUCUCCUUAUGGACACCUCUAUGAUACGGACACCUCUCUAUUACGGACAGUUCGUUUGGUCCCAGAAAUGCCAAAAAUCACACAUUCCCUACCUCUAUAAUACGGACACCUCUGUAAAGCGGACACUUGGUUCUGUCCCGCAGUGUCCGCAGGGUUGUCACUAAGAUUUCAAGUUGCCGGAUAAAUACAUCAAGUAGGCGGGGAAUCAAAUGGCUAGGGAUUUCUUUUGGUUCUAUUUUUCUUCUAUUGUCCAAUAAAAGUAGCCGGGGACCAGUGUCUUAGUAGCCGGGGAAAAUCCCCGGCCCCCGGCUCUUAAUGACAACCCUGGUCCGUAUUAAAGAGGUUUGACUGUACUUUAUUUUGUGCUAAGUAUUGAUGAUCAGAUCUCUGCCCUUGCUGCUGUGGAACACUCUAUCAGCAACAUAAGGUCUUGAAUGCUUCAUGAUAAAUUUAAGCUUAAAAAUGAAAAAAAGUGAAUUCUUAAUCAUUGCUACCAUCAGCAACUAGUAAAAAGUUUCUAUUAACGCGAUUAGGGUUUGGUCUAUGAAUGUUUCCUUGGCUGGUGAAGCUGGUGAAGCUGGUGUGUGGCUUGAUUCAAAGCUUACUAUAUGUACACACAUUAAUAAGACGUGUGGAGCAGCAUUUUUGUACCUUUACAAUAUUUGUCACAUCAGGAAAUUCCUAGCUAAAGAAAGCGCUGAAACCCUUAUUCAUGCAUUCAUUACUAGCAGGCUUGAUUACUGCAACAGUUUAUUCUACGGUUUGUGUAACAGUCUUAUCUUAAAGCUUCAUCGAAUUCAAAAGGCAUGUGCUCACUUAGUAUAUUCAGUGCCUAAAUUCUGUCACAUCAUGCCAAUAUAAAGGGAGUUGCACUGGCUACCUACAAAGAGGCAGGACAUUGUGUUUAAGAUAAUUUUAACAGUACUUUUAAGAUUUUAAAUAAUUUGGCUCCUUCUUAUUUUUCUUGUCUUAUUUGUGUUGCAUCGCCUUCAAGUUACAAUCUUCCCAGUUCUUGUGAUGGAACCUUACUUCACUUUCCUCCAAUGAAAUCAUCAAAGACCCUUGGGAUCGCGCUGUUAUGUUCGCUGCCCCAAAGUUGUGGGACAGUCUACCACAGGGCAUAAGGAUGACCACGACUCUAUCAUGAUUGUUUUAAAAUUAAACUGAAAACAUUAAUUUUUAUUUUCCCAAGUUUUUUUCAUGACUAUGUUCUUCUUUUAUGUACUUACAUAAUAAUUAUUAUUAUUAAUUACUGAUUUUUGUAGAACUUCUGUUAAGUGCAAUUGAUUAUUAUUAUUACUUUUUAUUAUUAUGCUAAUGAUAUUCAACUGAGUUUUUGAUUUGUUCUUCUUCAGUGUACUCAAAUCAAUGGACUCAUGAGCCAGGUAAGAAAUAACAAACAGACUCAGGGUUUUCAAUAAUAAAUUGAAGUAGCCAGCAGCAGGUUUGAAAAGUAUCAAGUCAAUGAUUGAUAUUUUGGAAACUGUUGUGUAGUACUAUUAUAAAUUAUAAUAAAUUAUUAUGAAUGAUUAGAAGCCAAAAUUGAAUUACCAAUAAUUUGUAUUCAUGUUGAAUUGAACAUGACUGCAUACCAACUGAUCAUGAUGUGUUGUAAACUGGUACUAUUUGGCAUUAUUUUUUUCCU